AUGGCCGUGGCUCUCCAAGUCCUCGUACUGGCGAUCGCCAUCUUCUGUGCUAGUGGACAGCGAGAACCCUUCAAUGGAACAAAUCCACUGUUUCCUGAAACGUCAACAUUUUCAUACAAUGUGGUCUUGAAUUUCCGCAGUGCAACCGAGAAGAUAGGGCCUGUUUGUAACCGUUACAUCACUGUGCCUGGCUCCCAAACACAGCUGGAUGUGAGGACCAGAUCGCGGGUUUUCGCCCGUGAGGCGCGUGUGCCUCCCCAGGUGACUAUACAGGGAUCCGCUAGCACUCAGCUUUUCACGUUGAUUCUCGCCUCACAACCAGAGGAAGAGAUGCAGUACGCGACGCCAACAAGGCCGUUUGUCCAUUAUAUACAGACUGAUGUUCAGAUCGGUCGUCAAGGAGCGUUGACGCUGACGUCAUUCGUGCCGUUUUUACCUGUGACGUCAGAGGACCAAAUCGUAUUGGUCAUGUUGUACACUCAGGCAGGACCAAUGCCCCUGGAUACAUCAAUCUCGAGAUUCGUAGACAACGAGUGUGAUCUCGGGGCUGGCAGGUGUAGCUUCAGAAUCGAAGAUUUCGUUGCCAACAAGUCCUUGACUCUAGCCUUUGCCGGGUACUUCCUCGUUGCCACGGAUCAAUAUUCGACCGCAGCUGCAACGGCGUUACCUUUCUUUGAAAAUGGCUGUUUCUGGUUGGACAAAUUUGAUCUGAAAGCUAACGUCCUUAUCGGUGAUAAGGCUGACCAGCUGAAGUUGGGUGUGAUGGCAAAGUUCAUCACCCCAGGGGAAAUGUUAGACCCAGUCUGCGGCAGGGUGUUCCACUACAAAGAGGAUAAAGUGGAGAUCACAGCUGGGACUGGAAAACCCGUACCCGCCCGGAAAACCAGAACGAUUCCGUGGGUCUGGUAUCAUACGAUGGACGGGGACGAGAGUUGGAAAGAGGACUGGUUUACCCUGGCUUACGUCUCUCAGGUCACCGACUGGCCCGCUGGCGGGAGCCCCGAGAAGCCUAUGCUGCUCUGGUUGGUCACUAAUAUCCACGGAGGUGACGUCAGCAAUGGGAUGUGCGAUGUGCCUUACCUCCCGGCCAUGCCGUCACAGGGCGAGCAGGAAGAAGCCUUCCUGUUGUUCAAGCAAAAAAAGAAAGUGGAAAUCAACCUGCGGAUUAUUCCGAGUCCGAUUGUGAGCUACAGUUCAGGUGCUCCUUCAACAUAGCCAAAAAUGGCGGAGGAAAACGAAUUGAUGUUGGCUGGCGCUCAGACCUUCAAAGUAGCGGCUGAUCCGUACACUAUCAUUAGCCAAAUGAAGGCUGGCUACAAAACAGAAGCCGAGGCUUGCACACUUCUGAGGAA